GACUGCAGGUAGUUCAACUUUAACCUCCACCCCGGACACUGACUCGCCGUCCGCCGCACUCUGUGCUGCUGAGGCAUUUUUUUUUUCCCGACGCCUAGUCGUGUCGGUGUGAAAAGCGAAGUGUCACGGAACCGGUUCGAGGAGGAUGUCAACAAGUGACGCAGCAGGAGCGCAGCGGCGCAGAGCUGCUCCGCCCGCGCGCAGGACACGACGAGCCGCGCGCACCGCGACUGCAAGGCUGAGGCAGGAUCAAAAACACUCAAUGAUCCACAUGGAAGGUGUCGGCCCUUGGCAUCGAGAGAGCAGCUGAGAAACUUCCUCCCUCCCUCCAUCAUAACUCUCCCUGCUUCUUUUUCAUGUCGCAUCAUGUUUUGCUUUUAUAACAGCAUCACUGAUACUAUGCCCCAAUGGGGCCAGGGAGUCAUCCCCAGAGGGCAAGGUAGAUAUGGAGAGGCAGAACUGGGUGUGAUGGCCCCUGUUAUUGUGAAAGGUUCAAAAGGAAAAAAUUAAAAAUACAACACUGUGAUUGCACAAAGCCGUGCAGGAUACAUGGAUGUUUGCUGCAUCCAUGUCACCUCCAGGCCCCUGGAUCCUUGUUCCGAUUUGUAUCCACACCUGAAAGUGACCGUGAGUAGAAAUACAACACUGUGAUUGCACAAAGCCGUGCAGGAUACAUGGAUGUUUGCUGCAUCCAUGUCACCUCCAGGCCCCUGGAUCCUUGUUCCGAUUUGUAUCCACACCUGAAAGUGACCACCACAGCAGGAUGAAACAUUUGAUGAGAGGUUGCAGCCGGAUGUUCAUAACUGUGAUGAAACCCCAAUGGGCCAGGACAAUCACCUAUCAGCCACCAGACAGGAGGGACCACACAGAGCACUAAAACUCGGGGCGGACAGAACAAGAGCGCAGGAGGCUGCUCCGUGUACUGGUUCAGAGGUCCACUUCCAGAAGCCCUGUGGCCCCAGAUUCACCACCUCUCUCCUCAUAAAAUUUUCCAAGACUCUAAGCUUUGACAAACCAGAGGUGGAACUCAAGCCGAAACCUGACUCCUAUCCACGCAGUUUCACUGAACCACAGAAGCGUGAGACUGAGGACAGCUGCUGUCAGGUUAACAGACAAACACCACCACCAGACCCCCCUGCAGAGACAGCCAGUGACUGCCCAUUACCACGGACAAUACCAUUUCUUGACACAAAGGAAGAGGAAGUUAUCUCAAAUGGUUGCAAUGAACUGGAGACUACCAGGCACUUGAGUGUAAAUCACACUUUGUCAAAUGAUGACUUUGGACCACAUGAGUAUAAUGGCUUGCACAUACUUCCGUGUCGGGCUCAACCAAAAAGUACUGGCUCUGGACCAGUAGAGGAAGACAUAAAGGACCAUAAAAAGUUUGAGAACCAAAGGAAUCUUGAACUAGCCAACCCUGCUGCAACCAUGCUGUCUUCCACCAUGGUAACGGUUCUUGCUCCACACUGGAGUGGCCGACUACGACGGACCAAAAGAAUUGAGGGAACUGGAAAUUCAGAAUCCCAGGGGAAUUUACAAGAUGUAUCAAGCACUGCAGCAAACCCUGCUCAUGAGGACACUAAAAACCAACAUGGUGCAAUGAGGGUGUUUACAGGUGGAUCGCAACCCCAAGUAAGAGCCCCGUUUCUGGGAACCAGGAGGAAUACAGAGGACUGGACAACAAGGAGUGAUCCUGCAAGAGUGGAAUUUGAAUCUAAGAGGAAAAUGAUUCAGACAGUCUCUCUGGAUGUAACAUCUGGAAGGAUGGACAACAGGAAACUAGAUAUAGGUGCUUUAAGCCCUGUAGCCACAAAUGCACCUCUGCUAUCGCCCCUGUCCCAUCACCCAGAUGAACUAAAGAGAAAUUCAAAAACUAUGCAUCAAGGAGCACUUUCAACUCCAAGCUCUAAACCAACAACCAGCAGUAUGCUUCUGUCUUUAAGAAAAAUCAACUCUAGUGGCAGGAGCUCUAAUGCAGCUUCCACCUUCUCUGAUGAAAACCCUGCACCAAGUGAUCAAGAAGGAAACUUGCUCACAACACACCUCUCUCAAACCUUUCUCAAUAAUAGUGAGCAAGAGCGGUCAAAGUCUGUCCUCUCUCCAUCGUCCAUUUCUUAUAGGACAUCUGAAACCGGGCCUAUCCUUUCCCCAUCUUCCUGCAACUACAGAGAAAUGAACACAUCUGGAUCACGCUUCUUUUCAACUUCCCCUAUAAACAAAGACACACCCUUCACCCGACAGCCUCCAACAUGUUCCAAACAGGCAUUUCUGAGCAGAGUCCCAUCAGCAAGGCAACAAAGCUGCAGGGAUUCAAACAAAAAUACAAACCAAUUCCCAAAGAGCUUAAUCCCCUCACCAAGACAUUCCCCAUAUGAUCACUCUGCCCUCCUAAAACCCCACCCCCUUCCUAGAAGGACCACACUGACAUCCACUUCCUGGUGGAAACAAGUUACCCAGGAAGGUAGUUCCCCUCUACCACCCAGUGAUACAACUAACAUCAAAGACCAGCUGAACACACCCUUAGCUCCACCCUGUAAUGAUAGCAGUGCCUUAGCCUUGCCAGGUCCAACUGACAGCAAAAGAUUUAGUAGUCAAAUCAACAAUAACAGAGACAAAAACCAAACAACAGAGUCAGUUUGCAAAGGUAACAUGGAGUCACAGGGAGGAACUCACAACCUUAAACAAAGAAAUGCCAAGGAUUCACCUGAGCACAAAUCUGACAGGCUAUUGAAACUGCAGUAUGGUUCCUGUUUAAACAACAAAGAACCACAAAAGCCUCUCAAUUUACCUGACAUUUUGUCAAGGUCUAAAAUUUGCAGAGCUACAGCACAAACAACACUGAGUCACUCUAAGGAUCUCAGUAAGGGUGCUGUAAGUAAUAGUUCAUUUAUAGCUAAUGUAACUGAAUUACCUCCUACUUUCCCAAAUCUCAAGAGCUCAGAUACACCUACAGAGAGCAGCAGCAAAUACAAUAAUGAUCAUUGCUCAUCCAAAACAAACAGCAACCUCGCAACUCCUCACAGCAAGGACUCCGAAAAGUUUACCCAACAAUCUCUUUCUAACACCGUCUCUCUCAAAAGUCAAGCUCCUACUUCUCAAACUACAUCCGGUCCUCCACUAACCCCAAACACCAAAACUAGUUCUUCCUGUCAUUUUGACACAGUUUCUUCUCAGACCAAUGUUCACACGUCAUCAACCACUGGCUCUUCCCAAACAUCCAAAUUCACCAACACAGCCAAUGCCACACUUCUUGGAUUUGAAAGAAGCUAUGCCUCAAUUCCCAAGCAUAUCCAGCCUAAAACAGUGUCCUGCCUUAUUUCAACAGUCGGUGCUUCCUCUAAAACAAACUACAACCCUGUAUCCACUGCAUCUGUCCCCUCCUCUAGCAUUGGGAUCCAUCCUGUAGCCACAGCUGCCCCAAGCCCUUCCCUUUUUACUCCUCCGGCUGCUCUUACUAUUACAUCUUCUCCCACCACUAUCAACCUCUCCUCUCUCCUAACCCCCCCUGCGACUCCAAUCAUUACCAGCCCCAGCUUCUUAGAAACUCCCAGUCCUAAGGAAGGGAUGAGAUUUUCAAGCAGCCCAGAAAGAGACCAAAAUAAAUCACGCCGGGUAGAAGGAAAGAGAGUAAGACGAGUAACUUGGGAGGACUCUGUAGAUUUGCAGUGUUCUGAGUCCAUCACAGAUGAGAAGCCAGAGCCGUCUGGAGUCCCAACAAGUCCUCCAUCUCCCUCCAUGUCCCCCCGAAGUGUUAGAUCUCCAUCCAUUUUCUCCUUUCUCAGAUCAGGCAGUCCAACUACAAGUACAUCUGCUCUGUGCUCUCGUAUCUCUGACCAGGUUAGACAGGACUUAACCACAACUGGGCAGGAGAGGACACCAUCGAUGGAGUCUGACACAGUUCAGUGCCAUUCCUCUGCUCCUCUUUCCCUCACUCCUGACUUUUCAAGUGGUUAUAAGCUUCGUUAUAGCUCUCCACCUUACUCCACUCUUAAAUCCAGCAGGUCAACACAGGGAGAACCAAAGACUAUAACACCCAGAUCACCCCUCUUCCAACAAGCCUCUCAGUCAGUUUAUACUCCACUUUCCUUAAAUGCUGACCCCAGUUCAGCCAUGACUAUACCCACAUCCAAACCCCCUCUGUUGCAUAUCAACCCACCCCAGACAUUGUCUUUGCCCUUCCAAAACAAAGUUGCUAUACAAGAAAGUAUCAAAUGUGAGGUUUCAGACACUUAUCAAAUCAACAAUCACAGCAACAAUAGUAACCAAGAUCCCCAGAAUGGCCAGAUAUUACUAAUCGACAACAGAGUUCAAAUCAGCUCACAGUGUUUGCAGGGUGUUAAGGCACACAACCCCUCUUCAGCAUGUGUAACUGAAACACUGGUUUACAGCAUUAAAUCAAAAGUAAAUACAGUCACAACUGCCCCAAAGAACACCACACCCAAACCUGUGCAACAUACGGCAAACACAGGUUCUGUGGAGACCAAGUUAAGUCAACAACCUCACAGACUGAAGAGUAAGGAAGCGUCAAGUGAACCACAUAGUCAUUCAGAUCAGAGCUCCAGUGGUGGCAGCUCAGCAGACAGUCAGUCCCAGUGCGAGGCAAGCUGCAGCAGAGGAUCAAAGGAGAGUGUGCUUGGUAAAAGCACACUUUUUUCAGUGGAGAGCAGCAAUGAACAAAGUCCAAAGAGAAACCGGUUUGCACUGAAGAAAAGUGUCAGCACACCAAACUCCAGUUUAGUGAGGUCAGACUCAGAGAGGUCUAACAAGACUAACAACAAAAUGGACCAGGUCAUUAACAAACUGAGACAAACAUUCAGCACCAGACGUUCGGAUGAUGAUCCAUCAUUUCCAAGGAAAUGGAAACGGGUUUCCCAAACACCUUCUGUUAGUGGAUUAAGUGACAUCAACAAUGUCGGUGAUGUCACUGCCGACUGUGCCAAAAAGCUAGAGGAGAGAGUGCAGGAGGGGGGGGUGGUGAUUAUGGACGGGGACCAGGUAACAGAGGAUACGAAGAGACAAAACAGAUACACUAUCAUACCACUCCCAACUGUUGGUAACACAAGGGCAGGAGAUAAGUUCUCCAUUUGGUUCGAAAAAUCAGCGUCAGAAACUGACCAAGAGGAGCAAAAUGUUUGUGCAGGACACAAGUCUGAAAGUAUAACCCAAGUUCACAUCACACCCCAUAGCCCAACAAUGCACCAGUUUGACAACAUUACAGAUCAUAAACCCACAAACCAGUUAAGCAUAUGCAGAGAUCCCAGUCCUGGUAGGAGCCCUAACCCAUCGGGUAGUUAUCCUACUCAGUUAAGGAAGUCCACAUCGAGCUCCAGGAGCCCCUUCUCUCCCUUCUCCUCUAUUAGCCCUCUCUCACAAUUUUCCUCACCUGAUGUAACAGAUGACAACGUCUUCUACAGUCCAAAGCCGCAGCGUCGCAGGGAACCCUCCUCACCAUGUGAGCCAGGAGAGGGAAUCAGCCUGGGGGGUUCAAGAAGAAGCCGUGCAUCCACUGGUCCUCCAAGUGCAGGUCCAGGACAGGACAAUGAGCACUUUGCAUCCUCCUAUGCAGACUUAAAGUAUGGCAUUGAGCCUGGGAGGUCAUUCUCUGUGAGCUCAGUACUCUCCAGUCGACCCUCAGGGCCUGGACGCAUCUCCACUGGAUCCAGAUACAUGAGUGUGGGUGAUCUCUCAAAAUCAUGCUUGACUUGCGGAGGUAAUGCCAAGGACUUGGAUCAGUGGUCUUUCCCACCUGAUUGGAACGCAGAAUAUGAUUGCCAGCACCCAGGUGAAUGCUGUGGGUCAUAUUUCUCCACUGACCCUGGUAAAAUGAGAUCAAAGUCUCUUCCCCGAUCAUUGACCAGGCGAUUGGCAAACUGGAGCUCAGAUGUGUCUCUUUCUCAACCUGGAACUACCAUAGCCUCAAAACCAGCCCAUCUUUGGAGCCCUAACAUGAACACUUUUCACUUUGGAUGGGAUACAGACGGUCCCCCAACACCUCCUCCAACACCUCCCCUGUCGCCAGUAUCCAGACGAAUGUCCACACCUCCCAGCAUUUCGUCCCCUCCCUUUUCAAGCUCGCCCGUAGCACCACAUUCAGUGGACACCCAGUCCUCCAGAGGGCAUUUACCCUCCAGAAGUUAUGUGUCCAGCCUUAGCACCUUUGACGAGUCCACCGACAGCAGCUCAGACACGACAACAGAUGAUGAAUAUUACUUAGAAACAGGUGAGGGCGAAGAAAAGGAGACAGAAUUGUGAAAGCAGAACAACAACUGUCUCUGUGGUCCUGUACUUUUAUGAUGAUGAAGAAGGAAAUACCUCCACGAGAAGAAAGAUUGGCAGUAAUCUGUAAUGUACAGUGACCUUGUUUGCUUGUUUACUCAAUGUCAUACGGGACAGCUGGUUGCCUGCAUGAUUUAUGGUGUUAGCUGUUAUGUUACAAGCAUGAUAUUAUCAGCAGAGGUUUAAUUACGUUUGAAAGUAUGUACAGAGCAUUGUAUAUGGCUGCAGGGCUGCUUUGUGUGGAUAGGAAAUUAGCAUUGUUCAACAUUUAUAGUUCUGACAGUUGCAUGGCAUUAGUGAGGAAUAUACAUCUGUAUAGCUGUUUUAAUAAUCAAACUCAUCUGUAAGGUUAGGGUUUUGACAUUAAGUCUUGCUUUGACAUUUGCAUUUCAUCCUGCUACUUAAUAAGUGCUGAGGUAAUGUGGAUACAUGUGCUAUCAUAAGAUAUUUUAUUGUCUUUCUUCUAUGUUUGAAGAUUGAAAUGAAUCAAGGUAAAUGUCAGCAUAAUGCAGAUGCAUAUUUUCACUUUUUUAAUGUGGGCAGUGGUUUAAAAAAACCUGUUCUCUGGGAUGAAAUAACAUGUUUUAACAUGUGUGUUCUAUUCAGCGCUUACUCCCAUUUGCACAGUAAAAAGUCUUAAUAUAUAUAUUUUAUAAAUAAAAGUAAUAUUUCCAUCCGUA